AUUGAUCACUUGAAGAGAGCCAGAGAGAGAACAGCAGUUGAGCCUCAUCAUGUCCUGCGCGGUGUCUGUAUCCUGCUCAUCGAGGCGAGGCUUCAUCUUCUGCCUCGCUUCCAGCUCACAACGACCAGUGGUCCCGUGUUCGCUCCCAACUGCCUUCCCAGGCACUACCUCUCGACGAACCAUGUCGAGUUCUGCCAAUUACACUCCAUCAGCCAAACGAUUCGGCAAAGUAUCAGAGCCUGAAGCUACGACUGGCGGUACCCCAUCUUCAUUCUCUCGGAAAAGACGAGAUCCACCCUUUCGACACGAGUCCAAUGUCCGGACCGAGUUCUCUCGGGAAGAUCUCCUGAGGCACUUUGGCCAUCCACAUGAUGGGACGGUCAACUUUUUCGGAUACCUCAAUAGGACGGGGAAAUCACCGUCUCGUAUACAGAUCGAUGCGGAGUUCGUCUCAAAGAUCGAGAAGACUAGCUCUGAAGAUGGUCAUCCCGGACGAGCUCUUGAACGACCCCCUCCUCCUGACUCACCUCCACAUCCAUUAUCCACGAUCAUAAGUAACGUCUUGGUCUUUCAUAAUUCUCAGCCUGCUUGGCGAUCCAACGGAGAAUUAUGGCUACAUUCUGGCGCAGAACAUUUGACGAAAGAUUGGCAUGGGCCACGCAAGAAUAUCGGUAGACCGAUACCGAUUUUCCAAGGAAUGUUGGGAAGGAAACUGUUCGAGUUUGCGGGUUGGUGGCUUCUUGACAGGAUCGAAGAGGUCUCACCCCGUUCUGAGGCCUUACUGGAGAUUUUGGAGACCAAGCAAGCAUCGUUCAGCUAUAGGAGGGGUCGUACCCCCGCUGCAUGGACACAGGCUUUAGACGCGACAUGGCUCAAAUUGUUCUUCAAGCCUGCCCCGGCAUCAAGCGAUCACUACACUGAGCUCAGAUCACCUCUUAGUCUCAAGGGUCUUUUAGACAAUGAGGUGGAACGGUAUAUGCUUCAGGUUGGCGGGCUGAAAGACGAGCUCGAGCUGCUGGAGGAAACGGUACAACAGAGACGGAAAGGUCUCCUAGCGUUCAUCGACAGCAACACGAGAGUCAGAACGUGAGCCUCGAUGUAGCUCGCGAAGCCAUUCAGCCAUGUAUCGCUCUCCUGUCAGA